AGCCGAAGAAGAAACCCCGGAAGUGUACAUACUACCUGUGUAAUCAUUAGGCGUACAAUUCCAUCACUUGUUUACGACUAUAUACCUCCUUAAAUCUCAUAUAUCGUGGUGUUGUGUAAACUUGUGAAGAAUGGAGGGCGAUGAACAGCUACGGUCUUUCACGUUUUUGAUGACGUAUAUGCUUCUGAAGCGACGGAGAGACUUAAACAGCGCGGAAGUUCAGAGGCGCAAUGAGCUGCAGAGGCGCGUCGGACAGCGACAGUACUUCUUCCAGAGACAGAGGCGGAUGAUGAUGAUGAUGAUAGCAGGGGGCGUUCGCUCCAGCGUUCACAUCCGAACACGCCCCUGGACAACUGUCAUGAGCACGGAUUGGUGGGAGCGUGUGGCGAUGAUGGAAUUCCAGCCCUCAGAUUGGCUGGACAAGUUUCGAAUGAGCCGUGAGACCUUCUUCUACAUCUGCGACAAGUUGCGCUCCCGUCUGACCCGCCAGGACACCAGCUUCCGCCAGGCGCUGCCCGUGGAGAAGCGCGUGGCGGUGGCUCUGUGGCGCCUGGCGUCCAACGUGGAAUACCGCACCAUCAGCGCCCUGUUCGGCGUGGGGAAAUCCACCGUGUGCAAAUGCGUCCGGGACAUGUGUCACAGCAUUGUGGCGCUCCUCAGCGCCGACUACCUACGCUCGCCCACCAAGCAGGAGCUGGAAGAGUCGGCCCAGCUCUUCUUGUCUCGCUGGGGCUUCCCGCACUGUGCCGCCGCCAUAGCAAUGCUUCACACGGCCAUCAUCACACCCUCCAAUAACGCAUCCGACUACGUUAACCCCGCUGGAUGGCUCUCUGUGCUGUCUCAGGUGGUGGUGAACGGCCGAGGGCUGAUCUGGGACGUUUGCGCCUGUUUCCCAGGAGGGACGGAGCCGGCUGACAUCUUACAGAACUCAGCGCUCUGGGCAACAGCCGCUGAGGGUGGACUAUCACAGGCGCCGCCUUCUUUCUUCAUGGGGAAGCAACUCAGCUACGUGCUUCUCGGGGAGGCGUGCUACCCGCUCCAGAGCUGGCUAAUGAAGGCCUUCGUGGACAAAAGACCCACCAGGACGUGUCCUGUGGCGUUGACAGAGCGACAGCACCUCUUUAACCAGCGCCUCCGCAGAGCGCGCCACGUCUCCCAGGAGGCACUGCUGAGGCUGAAGGCGCGCUGGCAGUGCCUGAGCAAGAGAAACGACUGCGGCCUGGACGUGGUGCCCACCAUGAUCCUGGCCUGCUGCAUUCUGCACAACGUGUGUGAGGCUCACGGUGACGCCUUCAACGGGGAGUGGCUGGCUGAGGCGACCGAGGUGGAAAGCCCCCAGCCGAGCUAUGCAGAGGCCGCCGCCAGUGCCGGCGUACCGAGUCAGGCAGAGGAGGUCCGGCAGCUCUUUUGUGACUAUUUUCAACAAACUGGAUGAAAUAUCACCACACGGACAUUUGAAAACCCUUCUUAUAUAUAUUUAUUGAUCAGGCCCACCUAGAUGCUCUUUUGAAACUUUUGAAAGCACGUAUCGCUCCUCACAACAAGCAGCAGGUGUCGCCCAAUCUUAACGCACUCACAGGCGGCUGUAUUUCAUGUUUUUUACCGUUUCCCCUUUGUCACACAGCAACCUUUUUGCAGUCGGCCCUUAAAAACAUCAGAGCUCUUCUGUCAUAUAGAGGAUCAGAUUACUGUACACUAUGUCUGUUUUCAUUUAUAAUUUUAUUAACUAUAUUAGCCAUUUAAUGAAUUAAAAAUAUAUAUAAAAAAAGAAAUUAGCGUUCUGAAAAAGUGGCCUCUGGGACAACUUACCAUAAUUUCCGUUGUAUAAGAAGCGCUAAAUUUACGGAGAAAAACAGAUUUGUACAUAUGUUGGCCGCACCUGGCUAUAAGUCCUGUGUGUCCACUGUGUCAUUGCAAAGAACACUAAAAUCAUCACACCGCUUAACACUCAACAGCUAGGUAAGAAAUACACAAGGCAAGUAUCAAUACGAGUUUAAAAUAAAAAACAAACUGCUAUUUUAACUUCAUCCCAUAGUGCAUUUAAUUGGUUAUUGCUGCCGGGGCGCUGCAAUGACGUCAGCCUCCCUCAGGGUCUUGUCUUCUUCAGUGCCCCAAAAUUGGUUUGGAAAAAGUUUGGAAUUUGCAGGAGAACACCAAACAUGGGACAUUGAAAGGUGCAAGAACGUUUUAUUCUCUGAUGAGAAAAAAUUGGACCUUGACGGUCCUUAUGGCUUCCAACAUUAGUGGCCUGACAAGGUGAUCCCACCUGAGAUGUUUUCCACACAGCAUAGUGAAGGAGGGCGCCAUCAGGAUCCUUCAUUGGAACAAUGGCGCUUCAGGUUGUGCAGGGGUGUGAAACGGCAGGUGGCUAUGUGGAGAUGUUGCAGGGGACAUGCCUCAUGACUGAGGGCUCUGUGUGUGGUAAUGACUGGCUUGACAAAAGACUCUUUUGGUAAAUAAGUGUAUAAUAUAUGUAGUAGCUGAAUAUAAUGAACUAUAUUAUUGAAUAUGAUACAGAAUGGUAUAUUUAAAAAAUGAUUUCAUUUCAUUUAUUUCAAUUGUUUAUGCGGGUGUAGUUUCUAAUAAUGGCCACUGGAUAUCGCUGGUAUUCCAGUAGGCGUUUAGUCGAAAGAAAUGCUUUCUUUAACAAUGUAUCAAUGAAAACAGGCCGAUUUUUUUUACCUAGCUCUUGGAUUUCCUCAAUAAAUAUAUUAAAAA